GCCAUCGAUGUGUCAUUUUUUAAAGUGAAUUCAAAGUGCGGUCUGAAAAAAAAAAAAAUAAUUCAAUUUUAUUGUUUGUUGUUAAAUUACAAAAAAAAUUCAAUAUUUGCACAGCAAAUAAUUACAUUUUCUUACAAUUAAAUUAAUCUACAUUAAUCGGAGUGUGAGUGAACUCAUCAUCAAACUCCAGUAAACUACCACAAAACAAACAAAAAAACUUACAAAAAAAACAACUCAAAAUGUCCAGCCUACCACGUCGCAUCAUCAAAGAAACCCAACGUCUUAUGCAAGAGCCAGUUCCCGGUAUUAAUGCAAUCCCAGAUGAAAACAAUGCCAGAUAUUUCCAUGUCAUUGUGACCGGACCAAAUGAUUCACCAUUCGAGGGCGGUAUCUUCAAAUUGGAACUCUUUUUACCCGAAGACUAUCCAAUGUCAGCACCAAAAGUCCGUUUUAUUACAAAAAUCUAUCACCCAAAUAUUGAUCGUUUGGGUCGCAUUUGUUUGGAUGUGCUUAAAGAUAAAUGGAGUCCAGCUUUGCAAAUCCGAACCAUACUAUUGUCAAUUCAGGCACUCCUCAGCGCCCCAAAUCCCGACGAUCCAUUGGCCAAUGAUGUCGCCGAACUGUGGAAGGUUAACGAGGCCGAGGCCAUCCGAAAUGCUCGUGAAUGGACCCAGAAGUAUGCCGUAGAAGACUGAGCUGAGUUCUGAGCUGCGGCUGCCGCCAAAUAAGCGCGGUUUCAGUGCAAAAUUCGAUUAUUAAGAAAUUAAAUAAAAAAAAAAACAUAAUAAAUUAAACAAAAAAAAAAAAAAAAA